AUGUUAAGCUUUUUUUUAUACCUUAUUUGUUUUCUUACUCUGAUUACAUACAAUGUCGGCGUUAAUUUCUGGAAUACUCGUGAAGCACAAACAGAACAAGAGGCUGCUAUAGUUGCGCGGUCUUUAGUGUCAGUUACUGGAACCGGAACUUUAGUAACUGUAAUGAACAAAUUUGCAAAGGAAGAGUUGCAAGGAUAUCCUUUUGGCCUAUUUGACUACUAUUCUGAUGACUGCCCUUCAACCGGUAAUCCUUUGAUGCUUUUGUCUGAUUAUCAGUUGAAUAUCAAAAAUGCACGCGAAAAUGAUUUUAAAGUAUCAUUGAUGGUUCAAAAGCUCAGUAAAAAUGAAACUUACUUUCCAAUGGCCGAACCAAGAUUAAAUUUGUUUGGCAAAUUAGUGAGAAUUGAAAAAGACGAAAUUCCAGCAGUACAGGAAUGCUUCCUGAAAAAGCAUCCACGAGCGCGUUUUUGGAUCCCCAACAAAGGGCAUGCUUUUAAUUUUUAUCGAUUAAACGUGGUUGACAUUUAUUUUGUCGGCGGCUUUGGAGAUAAACGAUACAUUGGUUAUAUUGAUUUAAUGUACUAUAAGUCUGCACAG